GUUGCCAACAAAAUGAUCACUUGCCCAGGUUGCACCAAAAACUUCGAGCACGCUGGAUACUCCCAUCACCUAGCCAAGACCACGAAUCCAUCAUGCGCAGCCCUAUUACAACAUUCUGGUCUUUUUCCUCAGUCAGAGCCUGAGGUUGAGAAUUCUGACGGUCUUGAUGAUGGAGAUGACAAUGUUGAUCCUCGUCAUCUAACGGAAUUUACAGGAGACUAUUUUGGCCACUACAACGAACAAGAUCUGGAAUGGCCAGAUGAUAAUGACGAAGUUGCAGCGGCGGAGCCUCCUUUGGAUUCUGAUGGCGAGGAAGAGGAUCACAAUGCAGAGGUUGAGGUUGAGAAUGGGUGGGAACGCCCUGCAGAUCCUGUACCGCAGGAUAUCGACGUUGAUGUUUUUGAGGAGUCAGAUAUGUUGCCACAAUCACAUGCAGCCGAACGACAAGAAGCGGAGAAAGCCCUUGGUCGCCAGCCCACUAUUGAGAAAUUUCCGCGGCGCCAUGCAGGUGCUCCAAUACUUAACUCUGGCACUACCGCUUUCGAGUCUUAUAACAAUGCUCUGCAAGGCGCAGACAAUGUUUGGGCUCCCUUCGCAUCUCGCAUAGACUACGAGGUUGCAAAGUGGGCAAAACUUCGUGGAUCGGGCUCAACUGCUUUUUCAGAGCUGCUUGCAGUCGAAGGGCUUCAUGAUGCCUUAGGUCUUUCGUAUCGAAACACCCGUGAACUCAAUCAAAUCAUUGACCGACACUUACCAUGCCGACGACCUCGUUUCAAACGUGAAGAAAUCAUUGUUGCAGACGAAGCAUUUGACGUGUACUCGCGUGACGUCAUGGAGUGCGUCAAAGCCCUUUAUUCAGAUCCGGAUUUCUCGCAACACCUCAACUACACUCCCGAACGCCAUUAUGUCGAUGCUGACAAAACAAUCCGAAUGUAUCAUGAUAUGCAUACAGGAAAGUGGUGGUGGUCCACGCAGGCGAGUCUUUUGAAAAACCCAUCUCGACGGGCGUGGAUUCUCCUGGCCUAUCUACCAACCUCAAAACUCGAACAUAUCACAAACAAGGCUGCGAGGCGCCGAACGGCCACAAAUUUAUUUCAUGCUUGUGUGCGUCACAUUCUGGAGCCUCUGAGAGUCCCCGGCAAGGAUGGUGUUGCUAUGGCUAGUGGGGAUGGAGUUGUGCGUCGAGGACAUCCGAUUGUCGCAUGUUAUUCCGCCGAUUACCCGGAACAGUUGUUGACAACUGGGAUAAAAUCUGGAGAAUGCCCAAAAUGCGAUGUCCCGCAUGAGGAGUUGGGAAGUCCUGAUGUUCCUGUCAAGCUGCGAGACCUCGAGGCAAUUGUCGCUGCAUUGUCGCUCGUUGAUGAGGACUAUGACUUGUGGAGACAAGCAUGCCAGGAGCGCGGCAUUAAGCCCAUCUACAAACCAUUCUGGCUGGAUCUCCCGCAUGCUAAUAUAUUCCAAUCCAUCACGCCGGACGUGUUACAUCAACUCUACCAGGGUAUUGUAAAGCACCUCAUCGAGUGGAUCAAGGAGGCAUAUAGCGAAGCCGAAAUUGAUGCUCGUUGUCGUAGACUUCCCCCAAACCAUAAUAUCCGAUUGUUUCUCAAGGGUAUCAGUAAUCUCUCGCGUGUUAGUGGAACGGAGCACAAUCAAAUCUGUCGCUUCCUGCUCGGCAUUGUCAUUGGCAUACGGUUGCCUGGAAAUCUCAACAAUGCUCGCCUUACUCGUGCUGUUCGUGCCAUCCUUGAUUUCCUGUACCUUGCGCAAUACCCUUGUCAUACGGACGAAACACUGGCACUUCUCGAUGAUGCCUUAACACGCUUUCACGACAAUAAGGACAUCUUCCUUGAUCUUGGAAUCCGCUCGAAUUUCAACCUUCCGAAGCUUCACGGCUUCCGUCACUAUGUACAUAUGAUAAAAACGUAUGGUACAACUGACAACUACAACACCGAGUACACAGAACGUUUACACAUCGACCUCACGAAGGAUGCCUAUAGGGCUACCAACCAUAAAGACGAGUACACUCAAAUGACACUCUGGCUCGAAAGACGGGAGAAGAUUCUAUGGCACGACAACUUUGUCCAAUGGCGUCUCGUUGGUGAUAUUGCCCCGCAAGAAAUCAUACCUCCAGACAUGGAUUAUCGUCGCGCAAUCAAGAUGACUAAACACCCGACCAUCAAGCGUGUCCAGUUGGACCGCAUUGUGCGGGAGUAUGGCGCCACAUUUUUCACUGAAGCUUUGGCUCGUUACGUCGUCGGGAGAAAUCAACCUGGUUUGUCUGCAGCACAACUCGAACGCGAGGCCGCUCACAUCAUUAUUCCCUUUGAUACUGUGGCUACGUUCCACAGGAUCAAAUUCAACUCAAUCAAUGCUCGGGGGAUCCAGGACUCGAGUGUCACCGUGGAUUCUGUCCAUUGUCAACCAUCACAAGAGGACAAGCGAGGGCAUAUGAUCCCCGCGCGUUUUGACACAGUUUUGGUCAACGAAGGGGACGGCGGGACAACAGGCGUGGAUGGUGCGUUUUGUUACCGUGUUGCGCAAGUCCGUGUCGUCUUUACGCUAACAAAUCAAGCUUCAAAUGUGUUAUUCCGCGCUGGACCUGCACAACCACCCACCCACCUUGCCUAUGUGGAAUGGUUCACUCCAUUCCAGCAACCGGAAUCACACCAUGGGUUGUACAAAGUUGCCCGCUUGAUUCGUCAUGGAGAACGUCUGGCAAGCAUCAUUGAGAUAUCAGAUAUCUGUAGGAGCAUUCAUCUUAUACCUAAUUUCGGCGUAGCGGCACCUCGUGAGUGGACGAGUAGCACUGUUCUGGAGUGCUGUUCCACCUUCUUUGUAAACCCCUUCAGUGACCGACAUGCUUAUUUAACACUUGUCUGAGCAUUACAA